AUGACGUCCAAGAUUUUCGGCGACACUGGGCUCGGUCACAUUGUUUUGAUCUCUGGCGAUGCAGAUUAUGACGCCCGUGUCUACUCAUACUGGUCCAGCAGCGCAAAACUGAAACCUGCCUGCAUCGUGCUUCCUAAGAAUGCACAAGAGGUUUCCUCAACAAUCAAGUCCUUGGUGCCUGCGAAUGAGCGUUUUGCCAUCCGUAGUGAAGGCCAUACCAAUUGGCCAGGAUCCAACAACAUUCAAAACGGCGUGACGGUCGAUCUCAGCUUUCUCAACAGAACCCGUGUAUCAUCAGAUCUCAAGACAGUGGAGAUCGGCCCAAGUGCACGCUGGAGAGAUGUCUCUGUAGAAUUACAUGAAAGCAAGCUCGCAGUAGCCGGCGGGCGUGAAGGUAAUAUUGGCGUUGCCGGAUUACUGCUUGGCGGUGGGUACAACUUCCUCACGGGCAGGCAAGGUUUUGCAUGCGACAAUGUUAUCGAUUAUGAUUUUGCACUUGCUGAUGGGCGUAUUGUAACUGCAAAUACACAAUCCAAUGCAGACCUCUUCCGCUCAUUGAAAGGCAGGUCGAACAACUUCGGCGUCGUCACAAAGUUCACGAUGACCACAAUACCUUGCGACAAAGCCCUGGCCGCGUUUGCCGAUAAUGUCAGGAAGGAUUCUGACUGCAACCUAGUAUCUAUGGUCACUUACUUGCCGGAUUUCAAAGAUAUUAUCGUCGCUACCUUAUUCAACCAGAUCUUGAACACCGUCAAGAUGACCACAGUUGCCGAUAUGGCAUUCGAGUACAACGUUCCUGCAGGCUAUCAUGAUAUUUGGUUCACUGCUUAUUACAAAAACGACCGCCGCAUCAUUAAAAAUGCCUCCGAAUUACAUGUCAUGAUUGUCCAUCUAGUCAAGGAUUUUGCCCCGGAUGGCGAUUUCAUGACACAAUGCAUAUUUCAACCUUUACCUAAACUGUUCAGCGAACAGUCUGCCAAGGCCGGCGGUAACAUCAUGGGCACAGAACGUCAUGCUUAUGAUGGUAUUCUCUGGCUAGCAACAGUGAUGGUCAAACCCCCCGAACAAGAGGCAUUAGCUUAUCCCAAGGUCAAGGCUUGGGUCGAGGACGUGAAGGAUUAUGCUUCUACUAUAGACGGAGGCAACCUGGAAUGGACUUAUCCCAACUAUGCCGGUCCAAGUCAGAAUCCUCUCCGAAGUUACGGUACGGACAACUUGAAGGCGAUGCAAGAUGUCGCUGCAAAGUACAACCCCAACGGAUAUUACAAGAAUUAUGCCCAGGAGGAUUCAAGAUUUCCAAAAUCCGGGUAUGUGCAGGAUGUUUAA